AUGGCCUCCAGUGCUCGCAAGGUUGUCACACUUCACCUCUACAAGCAACUUUUGAGGGAAAGUCAAAAGUUCAACAAUUAUAAUUACAGGUUGUAUGCAUUGAGAAAAAUUAAAGAUGCAUUCAGAAGUGCAAAACAUGAAACAGAUGUUGUGAAACUGGAUAGUGCUCAGAAGUUUGCUGAAGAAAGUCUUCGAUCAAUUCAAAGACAGGUUAUCAUUAGCCAGUUCUACAAAGCACCUCCUCUUGUGGUCGAGAAGUCUCCACAGCAGCAGCAACAAUAG